AUGACCCAGUCGUAUCUCACGCAUGACCGCCGGGCGAUCAACCGCGCCUGGCCGGAGAUCUUCAGCCCCCGCCUUUCUUCUCCUUCACCUCGUUUGUCACCGAGGGAUCAUCUUGAAACUUUGAUUUCGAGAUACGGCUACCCCACCCCAGUCUCCCUGUCCUCCUUGCGGGACUUGACCUCCACCUCAUCAACUUAUAAUCCCCCUUCCCCGCGCUACCGCUACCGCUCGAAUUCUCCUCCUAUUGACGGCCUUGACUCUCUUGCUCUCUCCUCAUCCACCCGCCCAAUCCCCAUCCCCAGACGGGCAAUCCGUGUGUACGACGACGAUCUCCCCGUCACACCACUCACAGGUCGUUUCGACCACGAAGACUACAUUGACGAUUGGGAACGUGCCUCCUUGUCCGCCAAGUCCCGGCACGUUUUGCCUUCUCGACCAUCCGGCCGCCGCGGUCGAUACUCAAGCAUGCGCUCUGAUACCUCUCCCUUCUACUCGCCGGUUGCUUCGCCCACCAUGUCUCCUAGACGACCAAAUUCACCUCAACCUUCUCGCUCCUCAGCCAAAACCAUGCCGGGCUUCCAUCUUGGAACUUUGCCCCGCUUCCACCCCGCUGUCUACCAGCCCGGUCCUUCAUCUCACACCGUGACGAACCAGCCGCCAUCGCCACGUCAAUCUCGUCAGAGUCAUGGCUACCGCACAACCGGAUCUCGAGAGGUCAAAUUCCAGUACCGUGAUCUUUUGGAUGGUUCGAACCAUAGCCCGUCCGCGCCGCGCCUGGACCCACUUAUUAGUCCCGGCCCGGUCACUCCCCUUGCUCUUGAAGCUGGUGAUUACAUCGCCGCAGGGUCGAUCAGCAAGGAGCGUACCAUGCCAGGUACCACUAACCAGCAUGUUGGACCACCACCCGACCUGGUGGAAAAGCUCAUUGCUCGAGAAAAGGAAAUGGCUCGCCAGAUGGCCCGCAAAUCUCCAAAGGGCCGAUGA